UCGAGAGGAUAUAACCAAAAUAUAACCUCCUUACACAAACAUCGGAGAAGAAUUGGUGUAAUAAAUAAAAAUUGGUUAUAAAUAAAAAGGGACAUAUAUAACCAGUAAGGAAUAACAACAACAACAGCAUAGUAAUGUUACACCUGGCGACAUUUUCACCGGAACUAAUUGUCACACAGAAUAACUUGAUUCAUCAACAAUAAAUUAUUCAACAUUGUCUCUUCAUACAUUUCUCAUUCAGAAUUACCGGUAACAUGAAGGUGACAGUGAAAAGCUGGACAGGUGUUGCCACUUGGAGAUGGAUAGCUAACGACGACAAUUGUGGAAUUUGUCGAAUGCCAUUUGAUGCGAGUUGUCCAGACUGCAAAACUCCCGGUGAUGAUUGCCCCUUAGUGUGGGGACAAUGUUCCCACUGUUUCCACAUUCAUUGCAUUAUGAAGUGGCUUCAUUCUCAGCAAACCAGCAGUUUAUGUCCAAUGUGUCGUCAGGAAUGGAAGUUUAAGGAAUAAAAUACGGUAUAAUCAACCCUCUUAAGUGUUCCCUCAGCACUCAGUUCACAAAAAGGGAUUUGACUGAAAAAGAUUCACUUUGAGAAACCACUGCGAGCAAAACAGAUGUGCAGAAUGCAAUGGAAUAAGUACAUACGUGACUUCUUGUACGACGUUGUCGAAUCCUUCCAUCAAUGAAUCACGUAAAACCAUGGAAAAACAGGUAUCAUUAACUUCAAUUAUAAAUGAAGAACAAAUAAACUCAAAUAUUUCUUUUGACA